AUGACCGAUUUUAAGUUUUCAUGGACUCAGGAAUUCAGAAGAUCGUGGGAGGACAAUGCCAGACUCAUUAGAAGACCCCUUCCAACAUACACGAAGCCAUUCAAUACAAACAAAAAGAACAUAAUAAGACACCUUCUUGUUUGUAUUGACACUUCAGCCUCGAUAGAGAAGUCAGACUAUGUUCCUACUGUUAGGAACAUUCUUUCAAAUACCAUUCCUAGAUUUGUUUCUCAAUUUAAGAUUUCUAAUCCACUCUCCAUUCUGUCUUUUCUUACCUGCCGAAGUGUUUUUGAGAAGUAUUCACGGGAAUUCAAUCCUAAAAUUAUGCUGAAUACGGUUGGAAGUGGAAACUUUUCCUUCCUCAACUGUCUUAAAUCAGCAAUUGAAAUGAUAAGGACCAGUACAUAUAAUAAGGAAGUCCUGGUUAUCACCUCAUCUAUUGGGACAAAAGACACGGGUGCAUAUGAGCAGGUAUUUUCGGACAUUAAGAAGUACAACAUAAAAGUUAAUGUUAUUAGUAUCUGCGGGGAGGUCACUCUAUUUAAAAAAAUAUCAGAACUGUCAAAUGGUGUAUUCAAAGUUCCCCUUGACAGCUUCCACUUUGAAAUUCUUUUACACCAAUUUACAGAACCUUUGGAAUGUCUUGAAGCUACAAGCUGUCUUGUGAAACUUGGAUUUCCACAGAUAACAUCUAACUCUGGUCUUUGUGUCUGUCAUUUAAAGUUUGAACAUAGCUUGUAUGAAUGCCCUGUGUGUAAGGCUUACAUUUGUUGUUUGCCUUGCGAAUGUCCUAUUUGCAGUACCCAGCUUGUCUCUCCUUUGAAUAUUUCUAAGUCUUACUAUUUUAUAUACCCAUUAAAACCUUUUAUUUCAAAUGAAAAUGGAAAAUGUAGAAAAUGUGGACGGGAUGCGAAGUUUUUAUGUGAAGAGUGUCAAAAUCAUUUAUGCGAGAAGUGUAACAAAUUUAUGCAUGAAGAUUUAGGAUUUUGCAUAUUUUGCAAUGAGUAA